GUGCGGGAGCUGGUCGGCUCGGACCUGUUCGAGCGCUACGACACCAUGCUCCUCAACACCAGCCUCAGCUCGAUGCCCGACGUGGUCAGCUGUCCGCGCCAGCACUGCCAGAAGCCGGUGAUGCUCGACGCCGAGGACAACCUGGGACGCUGCGCCCACUGCCACCACGUGUUCUGCGCCAUCUGCCAGAACGCCUCGCACGGCACCAACCCGUGCUCGAUCAAGAGCGGCGAACGGAUGGAGCUGGUGCGGCAGUACCAGGCGGCGUCCAGCGCCGACCGCUCCGUGCUGGAGCGCAGGUUCGGCCGGCGCCAGCUGCAGCGGCUGGUGGAGGAGGUGGAGUCCAUGAGCUGGAUGUCGGACAACAGCGAGCGCUGUCCGCGCUGUCGCACGCCCAUCGAGAAAAUCGACGGCUGCAACAAGAUGUCGUGCACCAAGUGCGGCACGCUCUUCUGCUGGUUGUGCAACGCCAAGCUGCCACGCGAAAACCCAUACACGCACUUUAACGUGCCGGGCACGCCAUGCUUCAACAACCUGUUCGCCGGCGUGGAGAACGAACCUCUGGACGUCGAGCUGGACGAGGACGAGGACGAGUACGACAUCGGUUUCUUCCUGGACUGAUGCUCCCCGUGGGCCUGCCGCUGCAUCCGACUCCGGUACGCGCCGUCUCAGGGUUCUGCAGGGUUCCCUCGAGAUCGCGAAUGGUGUGGCUGUGGGCGCACGAUGGCCGCCGCGCGCCGGUCUGCACCCCUGCGGCCGGCAGCGGCGACGGCGCCGGGGAUGCGCCGCGUGACGGCACCGGCUGGCUGUGAUGUGGGCUACUGCACGGCUGUGACCGGCGCGCCUCGCCAGGGAGCGGGCCGACGCCGCCGGCGGGCCAGUGCGACCGCUGUGACGGACGCGACCCCGCCUCCGCCUCCGGCCGGCACGGCCCGGCGCGGCCCGCCCUCGGAUGCUGGCUGCCGCUCCCGGGGGCGAUUUUGUACAGUGUGUCGGGCCAUCUUUACGUUUCGUCGCAUGAAGCGUCUUUCGUGUGCUUUCUGUAGUUAGUUGUGUGUUUUCAUUGGAGCGUGCUCCAAGCGUAUCAGCCCGUUGCGUUAUGUAUCGUUUGGGUGUGUAUAUUCCUUAAAUGCUGUGCAGCGCGGCGCGGAGACCUACUUUAGCUCGGUGCUCUCAUUUUGGAAUCUGGCGAUUGGGCGUGAAAACUGUACUGCAGGAUAAGACUAGUUUUAGGAGUGACGUGUCAGUAUGACAUGUCGUUGUUCUGUUAGUAGCCUGUACAAGCAUCUGUUCGGGGAUUGGUAAGCAGAUAUUUUGCUGGCAAUGGAUUGCGGAAAUAUAUGUACAUGAAGAUGCCGCGAAAAUUU